CAGCCUCCUGGAUUCUGGUCACCACAGCGUGCCCUCCUCACUCAGGUAUUCACCCCACUCCUGGCAGAGGCAGACACACCUGAAAUGAAGGAACAUCCAGCCAGAGUCGUUCAAGUCAUGGCUGGCGAUUCUAGGAAUGCCAUGAACCAGGAUAUGGAGAUUGGGGUCACUCCCAGGGACCCUAAGAAGAUUCCCAAACAGGCCCGAGAUUACAUCCCCAUUGCCACCGACCGCACGCGCCUUCUGUCGGAGGGUAAGAAGCCGCGGCAGCGCUACAUGGAGAAGAGUGGCAAGUGCAACGUCCAUCACGGCAACGUCCAGGAGACCUACCGCUACCUGAGCGACCUCUUCACCACCCUGGUGGACCUCAAGUGGCGCUUCAACCUGCUUGUCUUCACCAUGGUCUACACCAUCACCUGGCUGUUCUUCGGGUUCAUCUGGUGGCUCAUUGCUUACAUCCGGGGUGACCUGGACCACGUCGGGGACCGGGAAUGGAUCCCGUGCGUGGAGAACCUCAGCGGCUUCGUGUCCGCCUUCCUAUUCUCCAUCGAGACGGAGACCACCAUCGGCUACGGCUUUCGGGUGAUCACGGAGAAGUGUCCGGAGGGCAUCGUCCUCCUGCUGGUCCAGGCCAUCCUCGGCUCCAUUGUCAAUGCCUUCAUGGUGGGGUGCAUGUUCGUCAAGAUCAGCCAGCCCAAGAAGAGAGCUGAGACCCUCAUGUUCUCCAACAACGCCGUCAUCUCACUGCGAGACGAGAAGCUCUGUCUCAUGUUCCGGGUGGGCGACCUCCGCAACUCGCACAUCGUGGAGGCCUCCAUCCGCGCCAAGCUCAUCAAGUCCCGGCAGACCAAGGAGGGCGAAUUCAUCCCCCUGAACCAGACUGACAUCAACGUGGGCUUCGACACGGGGGACGACCGCCUCUUCCUGGUUUCCCCACUCAUUAUCUGUCACGAAAUCAACGAGAAGAGCCCUUUCUGGGAGAUGUCACGGGCCCAGCUGACCCAGGAGGAGUUUGAGGUCGUGGUCAUCCUGGAAGGGAUGGUGGAGGCCACAGGCAUGACUUGCCAAGCACGGAGCUCCUACAUGGAUACCGAGGUGCUCUGGGGCCACCGGUUCACACCAGUCCUCACCUUGGAAAAGGGCUUCUAUGAGGUGGACUACAACACCUUCCACGACACCUAUGAAACCAACACUCCCAGCUGCUGUGCCAAGGAGCUGGCGGAAAUGAAGCGGGAAGGCCGGCUCCUGCAGUACCUCCCCAGCCCCCCACUGCCGGGGGGCUGCGUUGGAGCAGAGCUGGGUGCAGAGGCGGAGCGGGAGGGAGAGGAAGAGCCUGAGGGUCUGAGUGGGUCCCAGGAGACCAAGGCCUCUGCGUGAGGACGGCACUCUCCCCGUGACCUCCCCUCAUCCCCCCUGUGCUCCUUUCUCAUGAGCACGGAGGCUGCAGGGCUGGGGUUGAAGGGCUGAGUGGGCCGGGUUGGGUGAAUGUGCUGAGUGUGCUGUUUUGGGGGUGGGGGUGGCCAGGAGCCUUUUAAGGC